UUACCACCUGAUGCCGGCUAGCAGGCUAACAGCUAGCAGCGACCGCAGGUCUGAGGCAGCGGGACAGCGACUCGGUGUCAGCGGACCCUGAUAGCAUCCACUCCCUCCCGAGACCCCCUCCGCCCCCACCCGGUCUCCAUCUGUGCCCUUUGGACCAUUCUCCGCACUCCGCUUUUAUCUGUACGACUUUUGCCCCGUUUAUCCGCUCGCCUGUUAGCUGAUAGCGGCCAUAAAGCGGCUCCUCUCCGCGGAGCGGCGGACAGCAGCGGGAUGAGCCAUGGCGUCGGUCCGGGUGGCUGUGCGGGUCCGGCCCAUGAACAGGCGGGAGAAGGAUCUGAUGGCAAAGUGCAUCAUCGAGAUGGAAGGAACCAAAACCUCCAUCACCAACCUGAAGAUCUCCGAUGGCGUCCUCGGCGACUCGGUGAGGGAGCACACCAAAACCUUCACGUACGACUUCUCCUACGACUCGAUGGACUGUAAGAGCGCCACCUUCGUCUCUCAGGAAAAGGUUUUCAAAGAUUUGGGCUCCGACGUGUUGAAGGCAGCGUUCGAGGGCUACAACGCCUGCGUCUUCGCCUACGGUCAGACGGGCUCCGGGAAGUCCUACACCAUGAUGGGAGCGCCGGGCGACGCCGGUCUGAUCCCGAGGAUCUGUGAGGGUUUGUUCAGUCGGAUCUCGGAGGCCACUCGAUGGGACGAAGCUUCGUUUCGCACAGAAGUCAGCUACCUGGAGAUCUACAACGAGAGGGUCAGAGACCUGCUGAGGAGGAAGUCCACUCAGACCUACAACCUGAGGGUCAGGGAGCACCCGAAAGGCGGGCCCUACGUGGAAGAUCUGUCCAAACACCUGGUGCAGAACUACGGCGACGUGGAGGAGCUGAUGGAGGCCGGAAACAUCAACCGCACCACCGCCAGCACCGGCAUGAACGACGUCAGCAGCCGCUCGCAUGCCAUCUUCACCAUCAACUUCACACAGGCCAAGUUCGAUGCCGAGAUGCCCAGCGAAACCCUCAGUAAGAUCCACCUGGUCGAUCUGGCCGGCAGCGAGCGAGCUGACGCCACCGGAGCCACCGGCGUCCGACUGAAGGAGGGCGGGAACAUCAACAAGUCGCUGGUCACCCUGGGCAACGUCAUAUCUGCUUUAGCCGACAUGUCGCAGGGCGGCGUGAACACCAACCUGAAGAAGAAGUCGGUGUUCGUUCCCUACAGAGACUCGGUGCUGACGUGGCUGCUGAAGGACAGCCUGGGCGGAAACUCCAAGACCAUCAUGAUCGCCACCGUUUCUCCCGCCGACGUAAAUUACGGCGAGACGCUCAGCACUCUGCGCUACGCCAACCGAGCCAAGAACAUCAUCAACAAACCCACCAUCAACGAGGACGCCAACGUCAGGCUGAUCCGAGAACUGCGGGCUGAAAUCGCCCGGCUCAAAGCUCUGUUGGUCCAGGGCAACCAGAUCGCUCUGCUGGACUCGCCCACCGCUCUGAGCAUGGAGGAGAAGCUGCACCAGAAUGAAGCCCGGGUCUUGGAGCUGACUAAAGAGUGGACCAACAAAUGGAACGAGACUCAAAACAUCCUCAAGGAGGAGACGCUCGCUCUGAGGAAAGAGGGCAUCGGCGUGGUGCUGGACUCCGAGCUGCCUCACCUCAUCGGCAUCGACGACGACCUCCUCAGCACCGGCAUCAUCCUCUACCAUUUAAAGGAGGGGCGGACCUACGUGGGCAGAGAGGACGCGUCCACAGAGCAGGACAUCAUCCUGCACGGUCUGGACCUGGAGAGCGAGCACUGCAUGUUUGAGAACCAGAACGGGACGGUGACUCUGGUGCCGCUCGCCGGAGCUCAGUGUUCGGUCAACGGAGUCCAGGUGACGGAGCCGUCGCAGCUCAACCAGGGCGCCGUCAUUCUGCUCGGCAGGACCAACAUGUUUCGCUUCAACCAUCCGAAGGAGGCAGCCAAGCUGCGGGAGAAACGAAAGAGUGGCCUUCUCCCCACGUUCAGCCUCUCCAUGACCGAUCUGUCCAAGUCCUGCGAGAACCUCUCCACUGUGAUGCUCUACAACCCCGGUCUCUUCACUGAGAAGGGCCCCGUCUUCCUCAGGUUGGAGUUUGAGCGACAGCAGCGAGAAGAGCUGGAGAAGCUGGAGAUGAAGAGGAGGCUGAUCAAAGAGAUGGAGGCCAAGCAGCAGAGCGAGAAGGCGGAGCUGGAGCGCCUCCAACAGGAGGUGGAGAGUCAGCGCAAGGAGUCCGAGGAGGUGCAGCAGCGGAUCCUCCGCCAGGAGGAGAGCCUCCACCGCCGCAGCCAGGACAUCGAGAGCCGGCUGCGAGACUUCCUGGCUGAGAAGGAGCGCUUCGAGGAGGAGAGGCGCUCCGAGAUCAAUGAGGUGGAUCUCCAGCGGAGGCGACGGCGGAAGGAGCCGCAGGAGCGUGAGGCAGACCGUGCGGAGGAGCGAGACGAGCAGCAGCGGAGGCACCAGGAGGCGGCAGAGCAGACGGAGAUCUACCGCGAGCUGGAGCGGCUGAAGAGGGAGCGCGAGGAGCAGCGGGUGCGUCUGGAGACGGAGCGGCGGCGGCUGGAGGAGCAGGAGCGCGAGCAGCUGAGUCUGGUGGGGCGGCUGGAGGAGCAGCUGAGGGAGAAACACGAAGCCGCCACCGCCCUGCUGACCCGGGAGGACGCCCGCCGCCUGGAGGAGGAGCAGCAGGCGCUGGCAGAGAUCAGAGAAGCCCUCCUCCGCGCCAAAGAGGCCGCUGAGCGGCCGGACGUGGAGGAUGCUGGCGAGGAGGCGCGGGCCGCCCAGAGCCGCUACGCCGACUUCAAGGCAGCUCAGGUGAAGGAGCUGGACCUGCUGGAGGAGGGGCUGCGGCAGCAGAGGGAGCGUCUGGAGAAGGAGGUUGCCGCCGAGCGCGGCGCCCUGCUGCUCCUCACCCACGGCCUGAGAGAGCGCCAGCAGCACCUGAAGGAGACGCAGGAGAAGGGAGCGCAGGACGCCACCGCUGUCUGCCACGAGGAGCAGCUGCUCCGACAGGCGGAGCACAGGCUGCAACUGAAGGAGCGACAGCUCGCCAACCUCGCCAACGGCCUCCUCCCCGCCCUCGCCGAGGAGAAGCAGAGAGCCUCGGAGCUGCUGGAGCGCAGCGGCGGCGGCAAUGGGAACUGCGACCGGCCUCCGGGGCUCGACAACACGCUGUUCCAGGUGGAGAAGGAGCUGGAGGACAAAGAGGAGAAGCUGAGCCUUCAUUGGCACAGCGCCCGGCAGCUCCAGCAGCUCCAGGAGACCUACGAGUUCACGGCCAAUGUGGCGCGGCAGGAGGAGAAGGUGAGGAGGAAGGAGAAGGAGAUCCUGGAGUCAAAGGAGAAGCAGCAGAGGGAGGCGAUGGAGCAGGCCGUGGCCCGGCUGGAGAGGAGGCACUCCGCCCUGAGACGAAACGUCUCCCUCGAGCCCGACUCCGAGGAGCAGAGGAGCAAGAGCUCCGUCGCCAGGACCCCGAGGACGGGGGCGGAGCUGGACCAGCAGAGAGUGCAGCGCGAGAUCCAGAAGCUGCGGCAGCGGAUCAGCGAGGGCGACGACACCAGCCGGACACACUCCAUCAGCAGCGACGAGCGUGCGGGUCACGGCGGCUCACCCGCCAGUCACAUCCAGGGUCUGAGCACGCUGCUGCCCAUGUCCGACGACAGGAUAAACGCCUACAUCGAAGAGGAAGUCCAGCGGCGGCUACGCAAGAUGAACCUCCUGAACGGCAGCAGCAUGGAUCUGUCUCUGUCCACAGAAUCACUGCGAGAGGAGGAGGAGGAGGUUAGCGACUGUAGCUCUGUUAGAUUGACAGAUGAGGAGGAUGAAAAGCUCCCAAACAUUAAUCCGAGGAAGCUCAAGUAUCAGCACUUGGUGUCUCGUCCUCCUGGGACGAGCUGUGGCGGCCUCCAGGAACCUGUUAAAAUUAGCAUUCCUCGUUACGUUCUCCGCGGGCAGGGGAAGGACGAGCACUUUGAGUUUGAGGUGAAGAUCACUGUGAUGGACGAGACGUGGACGGUGUUCAGACGCUACAGCCGCUUCCGGGAAAUGCACAAGAGCCUGAAGUUAAAAUAUCCAGAGCUCGCCGCUCUCGAUUUCCCGCCAAAGAAGCUGUUUGGAAACCGGGACGAGCGAAUGGUCGCCGAGCGGCGGAAUCACCUGGAGCGUUAUCUGAGGAACUUGUUCCGGGUGAUGCUGUCGUCCUCCAGCUCGCCCCUCCGAGCGGACGAAGACGGCCUUUUCCAUCUGUCCAAACGAGACGUCUGCGACUUCUCCUCGUUCUUCAAGAAAGGCGUCUUCGAGUACAGUAGCCACGGCACCGGCUGACCGCCGCGCCGCAUCAGAGGGCGGCGGAAACCUCUGACAAACCAAAACAUAAACAGAACUGCUCGGUGCCUUUUUCCCGGCGCCUCAGCGGGUCAGGAGCAGAGAAAACGUGCAGGUCAGCUUUUCCUCUCCGGCUCCCUGCUGCCGUCAGACUCGACCAAUCAGGUGCUGCUCAGCACGAGUGUUUGUCCAGAGGCAGGUGGGACUCUGCACGAUCCGUGGUCUGUAUGUAACGCGCUCAGUGGGUCUGAGCGUUUUUAGAAUCACUUCAUUAAACCUUCACUCGUUUCAGAAGAGCUGCUCCUCCUCUGUUUGUCACAGCGACGCUUUCUCUGGGUUUGCACUGCGAUCAUCAGGAGGUGGAUCUCUGUAUCGUUGAGCGCCGCGCUGUCACGACAGGUGAUGGUCACACCUCAGUUAACAGCAGCCACACUGAACCUGGACAGUUACUGUGAGGCGUCUACAUUAUAUAUAAUUCAAUUCAGCUUUAUUUACACAGCGCCAAAUCACACAGUCGCCUCAACGUGCUUUAUAUUGUAAAGUAGACCCUACAAUAAUCCAUACAGAGAAAAACCCAACAAUCAUAUGACCCCCUAUGAGCAAGCACUUUGGCGACAGUGGGAAGGAAAAACUCCCUUUUAACAGGAAGAAACCUCCGGCAGAACCAGGCUCAGGGAGGGGCGGGGCCAUCUGCUGUGAUUGGUUGAGGUGAGAGAAGGAAGACAGGAUAAAGACAUGCUGUGGAAGAGAGACAGAGAUUAAUAACAGAUAUGAUUCAAUGCAGAGAGGUCUGUUAACACAUAGUGAGUGAAGAAGAAACACCCAGUGCAUCAUGGGAGUCCCCCAGCAGCCUACACCUAUUGCAGCAUAACUAAGGCUACGUUCACACUGCAGGCGAAAGCGCAUCAAAUCCGACUUUUUUGACCCUAUGCGACUCAUAUCCGAUCAUGGUAUGACAGUGUGCACAAAUCCGAUACUUUCAAAUCCGACCUGGGUCACUUUCGUAUAUGUUGGUACUGAAUCCGAUACAUAUCCGAUGUUUUAGAAAGCGACUGCUGUUUGAAUGCUUAGGUCACAUUAAAUCUGUCUUUUACGUCACUGACACGAGACAGACGCCAGUUAUCAGCGCGGGAGAAGACAUCGCGAACGCUUCCUGGCCAUCCUGUGUAGAUGUCAGUGAAACUGUUGGGAAGACAACGUUGGAGAAACGUGAACAUUUUAUUUGUACUGUAUAAUCUGCAGAUUCUGACAGAAAUCUGCAGAUUAUCCUUUGAAGCACCGCUCCUCUAAAACAGCAAUAAGGAUCAUUAUUAGGCCAAAUGUAAAUAACAAAAUAACUUUAUAACUAAAAGCAAAAUUGGGAAACGAAAAGUCCGAAACAAGUCUUUAUAUUAAGGCCAUCAGUCAAACAAUACUGUUUGGUCUGGGUCUAAACAGAGCGCGUUGUGUGUGACGUCUUCUUUUGCGCAUGCGGGCCGCUUUGAGCGUUCACACUAGAGCGCGUUUGCUGUCGCAUUUUAUUUGUAGUGUGAACAAGCAGACAAAAAAAUCGGAUUUGAUCAAAAAAUCGGAAUUGAGCAUUAAGACCUGCAGUGUGAACGUAGCCUUAAAGAGGAUUCAGGGUCACCUGGUCCAGCCCUAACUAUAUGCUUUAGCAAAAAGGAAAGUUUGAAGCCUAAUCUAAAAAGUAGAGAUAGUGUCUGUCUCCUGAAUCCAAACUGGAAGCUGGUUCCACAGAAGAGGGGCCUGAAAACUGAAGGCUCUGCCUCCCAUUCUACUUUUAAAUACUCUAGGAACAACAAGUAAGCCUGCAGUGUGAGAGCCAAGUGCUCUAAUAGGGUGAUAUGGUACUACAAGGUCAUUAAGAUAAGAUGGGGCCUGAUUAUUUAAGACCUUGUAUGUGAGGAGCAGGAUUUUGAAUUCUGGAUUUAACGGGAAGCCAAUGAAGGGAAGCCAAAACAGGAGAAAUCUGCUCUCUCUUUCUAGUCCCUGUCAGGACUCUUGCUGCAGCAUUUUGGAUUAACUGAAGACUUUUCAGGGAGUUUUUAGGACUUCCUGAUAAUAAUGAAUUACAGUAGUCCAGCCUGGAAGUAAUAAAUGCAUGAACUAGUUUUUCAGCGUCACUCUGAGACAGGAUAUUUCUAACUUUAGAGAUGUUGCACAAAUGGAAGAAAGCAGUCUUACAUAUUUGUUUAAUAUGUGCGUUGAAGAACAUGUCCUGGUCAAAAAAAUAAAUAAAAAAUAUAAAAACUACUUUUACAGAAUCACUGGGAAAAACUUUAACUUCUGGGCUUAAAAUAAGAAGUGAAUCACACAGUUUUACAGCCUGAUACACAAACUGGUUUCUCUCUGGACCGUUUCCUCCUCCAUAACACCUGAGGAUGUUUAAAUUGUAUUAAAGCUUAAAGUUUUAAUGAUUAGGGGCGUGGCCUCUGACUGACAGGUGGAUGGUGACACAGGCAGCUGUAGCUGCUAACUUCACCUGAGCUGGACCUCUGGACGUGUUUCUGCUGUUGGGGUGUUUUUAGCUGCUGUGAGGUUACCGUAGUAACAGACCAAUUAAGAAGGCGGAGCUCCAGGUUUGGUGCUCAGUGAAGCAAAAACAUAAAACAGUGACGGCGGCGUUUCUAAUAACUGACUUUUCUACAUUGACCAUGUAUUUAAAUAAAAGCUGACAUGUGGAUCCUGUUGUUUCUCUGUUCCUUGUUGUCGGUCUCGUGUUUCACAGCUGCACAUUCAUCACUUUCAUGUUAAGCGUGCAGCGAUCGUGCUCCGCCCUCAUGCUCCGCCCUCGUGUCGGAGUGAAUCCCUGCUGUUUGUCUUUAAGGGAAAAGAACCAAACAUUUCAGUGCAGACCAAUAAAAAUUCAAAA